AUGCUCUCCACUCUGAGAGUCGCCAGCCGUUCGGCUGCUGCCCGCGAGGCUAACUUGCGCAUGGUUAUUGGUGCUCGACAGGCCUCGGCUUGGUCCAAGGUGCCUCAAGGUCCUCCUGAUGCUAUUCUGGGUAUCACCGAGGCCUUCAAGGCCGACUCCUUCAAGGAGAAGAUCAACCUUGGUGUCGGUGCCUACCGUGACGACAAGGGCAAGCCUUACGUUCUGCCCUCUGUCCGCGCCGCUGAGGACAAGGUCGUUGCGUCGCGCAGCGACAAGGAAUAUGCUGGUAUCACCGGUAUUCCCGCCUUCACAAACGCCGCCGCCGAGUUGGCCUACGGUUCCGACUCCGCUGCCCUCAAGGAGGACCGUCUGGUCAUCACCCAGACCAUCUCCGGUACCGGUGCCCUGCGCAUUGGUGGUGCUUUCCUCCAGCGCUUCUACCCUCACGCCAAGAAGGUUUACCUGCCCAACCCCAGCUGGGCCAACCACGGUGCCGUCUUCAAGGACUCUGGCCUUGAGGUCGAGAAGUACCGUUACUACAACAAGGACACCAUUGGUCUGGACUUCGAGGGUCUGAUCGAGGAUAUCAAGACUGCUCCUGAGGGCAGCAUCAUCCUCCUGCACGCCUGUGCUCACAACCCUACCGGUGUUGACCCUACCCAGGAGCAGUGGCGCAAGAUCAGCGAUGUCAUGAAGGAGAAGGGUCACUUCGCUUUCUUCGAUAUGGCUUACCAGGGCUUUGCCAGCGGUAACGCUGACACUGACGCUUUCGCUCCUCGUCACUUCGUCAAGGAGGGUCACAACAUUGCUCUGUGCCAGAGUUUCGCCAAGAACAUGGGUCUCUACGGUGAGCGUGUCGGUGCUUUCUCCCUGGUCUGCGAGUCCACCGAGGAGAAGAAAUUCUCAUCCGUCCCUUCUACUCCAACCCCCCCUAUCCACGGUGCCCGCGUUGCCUCUACUAUUAUGAACGACCCCGUUCUGAACGAGCAAUGGCUCGGUGAGGUUAAGGGUAUGGCCGACCGCAUCAUUGAGAUGCGUGCUCUUCUCCGCAAGAACCUCGAGCAGCUCGGCAGCAAGCACGACUGGUCUCACAUUACCAGCCAGAUCGGUAUGUUCGCCUACACUGGUCUGAAGCCCGAGCAGAUGGAUGUCCUUGCCCAAGAGCACUCCGUCUACGCUACCAAGGACGGACGUAUCUCCGUUGCUGGUAUCACUACCGGCAACGUCCAGCGUCUCGCUGAGUCCAUCUUCAAGGUUACUGGUUAA